CAGAAUGGCAGAACGAAGAUGAUGCAAAAGAUUAUGUGAACAAAGAGAACAAAUGAACUUCUGUGGACUGGAAAAUCAGAGAUAUAAAAAAUAAAAUAACUUUACAAAAAGAAAAAUCAAUCACAUUCACAUAAACAAAUAUGAAAUAGUUAAAUAAACAAUCAAAUAUGAAAUAAUUAAUAAAUAAUCAGAAAUCAGAAAUUAACUCAAGAAAUCGUGAUUUUAGUCCGUGGAAAAACAAAGUAAAAAACGCAGAUGACAAGCAGGGCCAGGGGCGAUUUUGUCAAUUAGGACUUUCCAAGUCCACCGGUAGACCACAGAAACGCAGCUGUAGGGCGAGUUCAUCCUUCUUUCAGUUGAGGCUCUCCAGUCUCAACACUCCACAGAGUUAGAGUAGAGGAGACUCAAGAAUGGAGAUGCGAUAUUGAUUUAUAUUGACGAAAAUGCAGCUCAAAUAGGUCUUUUUUUUUUUUUUAAACGAUUGCUAUCUAAUCUUCAACGUAUUGGAGAGGAGCGUGAAGGGCGGGCGUAAUCAUCGUUUUUUUUUGUUGCUGCCGCGAUGGCACAACGUAAUAGGAAAUACCUUAAUUGCCCUUUAAAAUUGCAUGUAGCAUGAUGUGAUCAACAUUUUGUCAACUGUUAAAUUAUCAUAGAAUAUGUUUGGUAAACAGAAAGUCUUUGAUCACUGAUUCCUGGAACUUUCAAAGUUUUUUGUUUUUCCUUUUAAACUUAAAGCCUGUCCCCAGAUGCCAUGAUGGAACCCACUUUUGAAAUCUUAGAAUUCUUGUCUCUUUGUUCUAGCUUUAGUAAUCGAUUCCCGCUAAGCCCUUUUCUUCGCCCUUUCCAGUCGACUUCGGUUAUCUAUUGGUUUGCCAUCGUCACUGGAGUGAGCACCGGCCACCCUCCCAGCUUGCUCCGAUUCCCUGCACUACAAGGGUAUUGAGAUUUGUUAAAGCUAAUCAUUUUGCUAGAAAAAAUUAAAGAUCAAACUAUAUUUUUAUUUCUCCAGUCUAGCAAGAUGACAGGGCCGAUAUAUCCGGAGGAUGCCAUUCCUUGGGUUGGAUUGUAUGUUUGCGUAGCAUCACUGGUUUGCAUUCUAGCAAUGGCAGCGGAUGCCUUCCAAGGCUUUCGAAAACGGAAACUCUGGUUUCCGUGCAGAUUUUUCACAAUCAAUGCGGCUUCCCUCACACUGAUAGCAAUUGCAAUGAAGCUACCAGUCGACCUAAACACUGACAUGUCUCCGAGUAAGGCUAUUAGCAUUGCUUUUUUAGUUGCCAUGUUAGGGAACUUUCUCCCGUCUGUAGGGCUUAUGGAUGGCAAGGAUCUUCUGCUGAAUAUGAUAGCGUUUGGUAUCCUCAUGAUCACCAUCACUGUAAAUGUUUGGCUCCAGUACAGUACCAUAGAUGAUUUGCGCCAGUAUGGUAUUUUACGUUUCAUGCAGGAGCACAUAAUCAGGCUACAGAUGUUUAUGCUGAUAUGUUCCCUUCCAUGGCCAUUUUCGGUAGCUUUGACAAUUCCAGUAUCUAGAAAAAUCUUACAACACCGCUACAAGGAGUUGCACAGAUUUACUUCAAAUCAUCAAGAGAUUAACUUCUCCUACAAGGAACUUAAACAUAAGGUUAAAAAGUAUUGGAUGAUGGCAGAGACCAGUAACCCCCAAUUUGCAGUUGCUUGUUCACCAAUUUCUUCUGCUUUUGGGGUUAUAUGCUUAUCCCUUGCUUUCAGUUCGGUUUAUUUUUUCUUGGAUAGUGGAUCGUAUCGCUCUAACUAUGUUUUCAAUUCCCGGUUGGAUUCUUAUGAGAAAUCAGAAUAUAAGUGGUCGAUGAAAUUAAUUGUUAUCAUGCAAACAGUUGGGACAAUAGUAGGUAGUAUCGCACCUAUUUUAAGAUGUUUGACUUCCAUCAGUCAUUUCGACCUAUCCAAAAAAUGGACCAAGAACCAUCUAAACUUGUUCAAAGUCGAGAAAUAUUGGACCCAAACACUCCAGCUUUGGAAACACAACCAUGUGGCUUCAGGUAUCCCAGGCCGCCAUUGCAAGAAGCUUCUCCAUCACAUCAAAAACAUGAUUUUGAACUUUUGUAUAGCGCUUCAGAUAUUGGUUGUUGUUAUAUGUAAAACAAUAUGUCUCAUUCCCAGAUCUUUUCUGAUCCUAUUCUCUGGUUGUUGCUAUUUCUACAAGUCGUUGAUGAGAAGGUUUAAACAAGAACCAAAUGCAUCUGAUAGCAAUCUGAUACCAGAUAUGGAAGAGUAUAUUGGUUAUGUCCUACAAACUGAAGCGGAGGCCAAGCUUUCAAAGAACAUGUUAAGAAAUUCCUUCAACUCUAUCACUCGAAUUCUUCACGAGUCUGAAGAGAAAGAGCCAAGGUAUCUUAUGAAGCUUCUCAAGAAAUCUACAGGAUUCUAUGGAGUUAUAGAGUUUGACAAUGAUGGAGUUCCACCUAUACAUCCAGAAGAAAUCCAGAACUGCUGGAGCCUAGUAGCAGUAACAUUAACAGCCAUCGCCCUUUCCCUUCCCAACACUGCAAACGGCCAAGUCAAGGGGUUACUUUCAGGUAUGAGUGAAGGCCUCCAAUUUGUAAGGCAUAUAGAAGAAAGCCUCAACACAAAUGGUGAGUUGGUAAGGGCAAGAAAAGCAGCCAGGCAUGUUUGGGCGGAUGUUGAAGUAUAUUACAGGUGGCUACAAAUUGAUCUUCAAGCUCAUAAUGGAGAAACGUCAGAAGAAAUUCUUGAAUGGUUGGGUGAUGAAGCAGCAAAGAUUGUGAUACAGUUCAAGAGAAGCAAAUACAGAAGUAUGGAUCAUUCAGUUCUUAAUUCAGUUGCUGCGAGUUCCAUGUACAGGAUCAGCCAAACCAUACUGCUCCACUGCACGAAGCAAGAAAAUCGGCCAACAGACGAGGAACUCUUUGAGUUGAUAUCAACCAUAAUCGCAGAUCUUCUAUGUGCUUGCUUUACCAACUUACCACGUGUCAUAACUAUGAAGUGCCAUGAACAUGCAAUAGAGGAAAGGGAAGAUAGCAUCCGAACAGCAGCGCAGCUUCUUGGUAGAUCCAAAAAGAUCCUGAAAAUUCUCAAAGCACGCCAGCUUCCUGACUUAGACAUGGACUCGAUGGGAUACAUUGAUAAGUGGCAUGCAUUACCAAAAAGUCAGAUACCCAAUUGUUGUUUUUCUUCUGCCAGGAGUCAACUAGCUUCUUCAAGUUCUAGUGAAUCGAUCGAGAUAACUAUUGUGUAACAAGUGUGUUGAUUAUUGAUGGUUGUUAGCAUAUGUUGUGGCAAACGUUUUGAUGUCCAUGUCAACAGUUCCAUAUUAUAUAUGUAGAUGUUUUUCUAUUAGCCGUGUAUAUUCUGAUUAUUAUAUAUGUAUAGAGUGUAGGUACCUAAGUGUAAAUAUUGUGUUUAGGUCAACUUUAUGUACACUAUAUAUACCUCACGGCUGGAUCAAUAAAGUCAAGG